AUGAGCUCCAAAGGUAAAGUUACAGUAGGUGAUAAGAAGAGAAGUAGAGCUUCGGCAAGUGCUCCGAAGGAGAAAGCUGCUAAACAUAAUAGUAAAGUUGAGUCUACCAGUGCUCAAGAAAGCGGAUCUGAACUUUCAGAUGAUGAGAUCGAAGGGGCCAGUGCUGAUGAAGCGGAAGUUGAUGCUGAAGAUGAAGAAGAGAAGGAUAUUGAAGAGUCCGAUGAUGAAUUCCCAAGAAAGAAAAAAUCCAAGAAUAGUAAACAUGAUGAUGGUUCCAAUGAUUUCUCUAGUGCAAUGUCUGCAAUUUUAUCGUCUCAUUUAAAGGCUUAUGAUAGAAAGGAUCCUAUUAUGGCUAGAAAUAAGAAAGUCCUGAAAGAAAAUGAAUCGUCAAAACUUGAGUAUAAAGCAAAGAAGGCUCUGGUAGCGGAAAAGAAGAAAUUGUUAACCAAGACAAGAAAGACAGAGAUUAUUCCUAUUGCAUCUGAUGAGUACCAUACUGGUGACGAAAUUAGAGAAAUUAUUGCAAAGGAAACUAGAUUAAGAAAGAUUGCCCAAAAGGGUGUAGUAAAGCUAUUUAAUGCUAUUCUGUCAACUCAAGUAAGAACCAAUAAAGAAGUUGAGGAUAACAUGGGAGAUAUUAGAAACAAAAACGAAAGAAGAGAAUUAAUUACUGAAGUGUCAAAGGAAAAGUUCCUUGACUUAGUUAAAGCUGCGGGUGAUGAAGAGUAG